CCCUUGGGUGGGGCUAGUGCAGGCUAUAAAAGUCAGUGUUUCUUCUUGGUUUGCCAUUCAUGAACCUUUGCCUCAUCUGAUCUUACUGGUACUAUCAACCAAUUGCAAGUUACCUGCUCCGCAGAUUACAGUACUGUAUCACACCUGUUACUCAGAUUUUUUAACAUGAAUACACUUUUGGUAACAGUCAUGAGCUGCCUGCUCGUUAUCGGACAUUCCGUACCAGUUCCUACAUUGGCUCCUUCUGAAGAUUUAUUUUUAGAAAAUGCUGAUGAAACAAUUGCGAUUGAACAUGGAGUAGGUGAUGAAAUUUCACUUGAGGGCAAUGAACCAGUGACCACGAUACAGGUAGAAGAACUAGUCACAGUAAUCAUGGAUGUAGAGGAUGUCGAAUUUGGCACGCAGAGUGCAUCAAUGCAGGAACCUGAGGAAAUGCAAUCAGAGGGAGAUGCAGGCGCAGUCUCAGUGCUAGAGGAUGGACUUCUUUCAUUCAUUCAUUCUCAUGAUGAAGGGGUAGUUGAAGAAGUUGUUACCAUGACGGUGACAGAGACCGCACCAGAAGAAGAGGAAACGGAGGAAGUGAUUGAUGAUACAAUUCAUAUUGAGGCAGACGUUCACGUUGAAGGGGGUAACAAUGGGGGUAAACUUAAAAUUGAAGAAAUUAGGAUUGAUCUGGUAAGAGAAGAUGUUGAUGCAGGUUCUGAAUAAAAAUUAAAAAUCAAGACCACCUAAUAAAACAACUUUGUCUAUUUACCAAACCUUGCAAAAAGUCCAUACUAUUACAAUUUAUGUGACAAAUAGUGUGAAAUCCAAUGUUGGCAUCAUGAUGUAAUAUUACCAUCAUGAUGUAAUAUUACCAUAUAUGGGCAAAUCACAUGUCUUUGUUUCAUAAAAUUUGAUAGAUUUUUAUGCUACUGUAGCUUAAUAGUGUUUGUGGUAAAAAUUGGAACAAACAAACAAUAUCACAAACAUUAUUAUUUAAGUAAAACUUGAAGCCUAACUUAAAGAACUGGAACAAAACAAUUUCCUAAUACAUAUUUUCCAAUAACACACAAAAAAAUAAUUAAGUUAUGUUUAUUCACAGAUGUUCCUUCAUCUGAUACUGGAAAAACAUUUUUUAAAUUAUAAUAUUCAAUUGAAUGAAAGCAUAAAUCCUACUUAAAAUUAAGCAAUUUGAAUAUAAAAUUAAAAUAUUGGUUAGGUCAACAAAGACAUUAAAUUUUGUAGGUUCAAAACACCACUUAAUGAAUUAUAUAAUUAUGUUAUGUAUGGUAGUGUAAACUGUACUGUAGUUGUUCGAGGUCUCUAGGCAUGCUAAUAAUAUUUAAUGUAAACCUACUUUUACUCUUAAUACCAACUCUUGCCAACUUCAGUUCUAAGUGGAAUUAUUUGAGAUAUAAGAAAUUAACAAAAAAAAUGUGUUGUCAAAAAAGGUGUUUUCUAUUAAAUAUUCAUAAACUAAUUAAAUAAAAAAAAAUAGAAAGCAAAAAUAGUUAGAAUGAUAUUAAAUAUAACAUCAACAAUUUAUUUAAUAUUAAUUUACUGUUUUUUCCCCCUACAAAUUAUGGGGAGAUAAGACAAAUCAGACUAUUAUUCAAUUAAACUUAAUAUUUAUUUGGCAACAAAAAAUGAAUUUAAUAUAACAAAAUUAACAUGGUUAAACCAUUUUUACAAUGAGCUGACAGGUCCAAAGAGAUGUUCAGUCUUGAAAUUAAUUAAUCAAUCAAAGAUUUUUAAAAAUGCUAAACUUACACCUGAAAGAAUUCAUCUAUUACAUUCCUAAUUGUACUAAAAGUACAUUCAACUUAAAAAUAUGAUUAUAAUGUGCUUCUACCUUGCCUAUGUUAUAAUCUGUCAAGAUAGAGGAGAGGAGGGAGGAGGAGACCCCUUCAGCAUAGACAGAUUUGCCCAGAUUGAGUCAUAAACAAAGGCUAGCCGCCUCUCUUUAUGCAUUAAUAAGCCUCACUACUACAGUGCAAAUUUGAGAUUUAACUAAAAAUGAUGUCAAGUGUUAUGUUUUAAGUAAUGAAUUGCUAGAUCAUAGUUUUGUAUGUUAUGCUGGAUCAUAAAUUCAUCUUAGCUGGAUUAUUGUAUAGUUUAUGUUGUGGGAGUGUUUUGAAGCAUGGAAUGUACAUACUAAAAUAAGGCAUAAUUGUGUAUCUAUGGACUGAUUUCCAUAAAAAAUAAUGAUUGUAAUUGUAUGUUAGAAUUGUUUGAUUAAAUGUUGGCUUCAAUCUAAAGUUAAGCUAUUUACAUGUGGUUCAACGGAAUUUGACAAAUAUACUACUAGGAUCUCAGAUAUACUGCAGAAAGUUGUUAAUCUUUAUCGUAAAGGUUUAUUUUGCUACUAAGCACUUGUUUACAAAAAAACCAACUUAUUUUUAGCAUUAAUGGACAAUGUAUAGAGAACAACAUUAAAGUGUUAUACAGUAACUAAUCCUACCAACAAGUGAUAGAGGAUAGCAAAUCUAUCACACUAUCCAACACAGUAUUUGCUUAACUGUUUGUCUUCUAAAUAAUUGCAAUUUUUGUAUUGUAGAUUACAUUCCAAUAAAAGUUUUUGGAAUUAAUGA